AUGAAUGAUUUAUCACCACUACCAAAAUCGUUUUUGUUGGAUGAAACAUAUUUAACAUUAACACAGUCAACAUUAUUUACUAAUCUAACAACAACUAUAAAUGAUUCAACGUUACAAACAACAAAAAGUCCCGUAUCAUCAUCCGAUGAAAUUUAUCGUUAUAUAACAGAAAUAAUUAUUUAUAAAUAUGUUUGUACAGCAUUUUUUGUUAUUGGUAUGAUUGGUAAUGGUUUAAGUGUAAUUGUAUUUAGUCGAAAAGUAUUACGACGACGAUCAUGUGCUAUUUAUUUUCUUGCUUUAGCUGUUACAGAUUUAUUAUAUUUAUCAUUUUCAUUAAUCGAUACUGUUUUACCAUCUUAUAGUUUAACUAUAACAGCUAAAUCAUUAGUCAUAUGUAAAUUAAAUACAUUUAUGGUUUAUUUUACAUCGGAUUAUUCAAAUUAUUUAUUAGCUGUGGCUAGUAUUGAUCGUGCUGUUAGUAUACAAUGUCCAUUAAAAGCAAAACUAUUUUGUAGAGCAAAAGUAGCCAUUUAUAUUAUUAUUUUUUUAGGUUUAUUAUUAUUUUUAAUUAACGUUCAUUUGUUAUUUGGCUUUGAAAUUGUUCAUUCAUCAAAUGGUCAAUCUGGUUGUACAGCAACUGACAAAAGUUUUUUUGAUUUUUCAUCUUUGGCACCUAUAUUCUCUGAAAAAAAUGAAGAAAUAGCAACAAAUAUUAAUAAAACGUCGAUAGCAAUCGAAACAACAGCAAGCUUGAAUAUAACAAACGCUAGUACUACCGCCAUCUCUAAUACACCAUUAUCACCACCAUUUACCUAUCGUCGUUUUUAUGAAAUUUACGAUUCAUUAGAUAUUUUACGAGCUGUUGUUAUUCCCUUUUCAAUUAUGGUUGUCUGUAAUAUAUUAAUUAUUAUUCGUGUAUUAGAAUCAAGACGCUCUAUCACAACAAUAAUAACAUCAACAUUAAUGAAUAAAAAUAAAUUUCGAAAACGACACGAAAAAGAUCGACAAUUAACAAUUAUGUUGUUGGGUAGUGCAUUAGUCUUAACAUUACCCACCGAAAUUAAUGAUACUGUUCGUGCAUUUCGUUCAUCCCCAUCAACAUCACUAUUAAAUCCACAAAAAGGUAUCGAACCAUUGAUAACAGCCAUAUUUAUAACGUUAGGUCAAUUAAAUCAUGCCAUCCAUUUUUAUAUUUAUACAUUAACCGGUAGUGUAUUUCGAGAUGAAUUAUUAAAGCUAAUUAGAUGUAUUAAUUGUCAACUAUUGGGAUGUAGAUGUCAUGAUGAGGAACAUCGACAUCGUUCGUUUUUAAGAUUAGCACCAAACAAUAUCGAAAAAAAACAAUCUGUAACUACUGUACCAGCAAAUAAUAACAUCCAUGUUAAUGAUGAACUAACACAAAUUGAUUUAUUCACAAAAAUAGGUAGUUCAUAUGAAAAUGAAAUUUAA